AUGGCAGAUUUAUCGGACGAAAAUAAGAAAAAGCGAAGGAGAGUCCCACUUUCUUGCACCUCCUGCCGGAAAAAGAAAAUCAGAUGUGAUCGCGAUAGACCUAUCUGUGGGGCUUGUGCAAAAUCCGGACAAGGAGCAGCGAUUUGUGAGUAUGAUGAGCCAUUUUACAACGGUAAUGGCGGCGAAUACUCCCACAUUAAGGCGGCGACCCAACCGAUUGGAUUGAUCCAAGUACAAAAGUUUUCAAUCAACAAAAAUCCCAAGGAUUAUAAACCUCCAAAAAAACCUUCAAACCCUGGUAUUGGUGGGGUAACCAAUGUUUUUGAAGGUUCCGGGGCGUAUCAUGAAAGUUUUAUAAACUAUAAAAACAUCAAGCACGCUGAUACUACUCUUCCACCAAGUAGCCACUUUAGUCGUUUUAGAUUAUCUUCGAAUGAUUUGUCACUCAACAAGACUCCGGCUGACUUUAUAAAGAAUCCUACUGCUACUUCUGUUACUACCGUGUCCACCCCAGAAAUUUCCUCGCAGUAUUUGCCGAAUUCCAACGAAAGGGCUAAUAAUGAUGAAUAUAUGCUAAAGCCAAUUGAAUUCAAGUCUUCUAUAAAUCACCAACCGCCAGCGAUUUCCAGUCAGCAGGGGGGCAUUCUCCCUACUACUAUUUUGACAAACCCAGAGCAGGGAAACUUCUCUAGUGUUCCGGUAAACUUUUAUGAUGGUGUGGCUUCGAUCAAAUACAGGAAACCGAAAUUCAAGGUUUCUAAUUGUGGUCCCUUAAGUGGUAUAAAUUUAUUGCAGAGGGAUUUUUACGGGAGAGUUUUGUUUCGAAAUAUGGUGAAAUUUAGAAAAUCUAUUCCACAUACACUAAAAAGGUUAUCGAAACAACCAAGAAAAGAAUUUAUCCCUAAAUCGCUUGCAAAUGAUGAUCAGCGAACCCCUUUACCUCCAGCAGAUAGAGGUAAACAUAAACAUAUCGAAUUAGGUUUAAAGAAUGGCUCUUUCAAAGACUACGACGAUGAAACAAAACUUUGUGAAGAAAUAUCUAGAGUAUUACCUCCAAAGGACGUGAUAUAUAUCUAUGUUGACCGAUUUUUCAAAUAUGUUUAUCCAUUCUUCCCAUUACUCGAUGAACAGGCUUUCAGAGAUGAUUUGUUAAAUUUAAUUGGACCGAAGCUGCCCGGUAGCGUUAGCUCAGGCACUUCGAGCCUUGAUAAGGUGGAAAUCGUUUUCGAUAGUAAAAACAAGAUUCUUGAUACUGCUACCUUAUUGAUUGUUUUAAAGCUUGCAUUUCUAAGUGUUUACUCAUACAAAUAUGAUGGUUGUGCUCCUAAGGAAUUUGGUCAACAAGAUUCUCCUUCGCCAAUUAACAAUUGUAAUGAGCAAAAUUCUGAGAUUAAGUUGCUAAUGAACUAUCCAAUCACUUCACCAAUUUUCAAGUUAGCCAAGGGUUGCUUAAACAACUUUAACUUCUUAAGAAAAACUGGCUUAGGCCUUGUUCAAACAUUAUAUUAUUGCAGAAUUUAUAAUUGCCUUGGUUUUGAAGAAGGUGAUGGCCCCGGCGGUUCUGAAUCAAAUAUAUUUGCCGGCGUAAUUUUUAGCUCUGCAAUUUCUAUUGGGCUUCAUAGGGACCCUGUGAAAAAUAUGUUAAAUUUCUGGGAUUGUGAUGGCGAAUCUGUCAAAUUUCUUCAACUCUGGCGGAAGCUAUGGUUUUCGUUGAUUGAUCUAGAUAUUGAACAAUCCAUGAAUUGCAGUUCUAUUCCUAGCUUAAAUCAAGAUUUCUCCGACACCAAAUACCCAUCGUACGAGAAUUUAGUUUCUGGCUCCAAUUGCAGUGAUUUGAAUAUUGAAAAAAUUGUUCUUGAUCAUAUCCUCUCCAAAAAUGAAAUAAACGCAGUAAUAAAGAAAUUGUUGGAGAAGAUCUGCACUAUGAAAAAAGUGGCAACGAUUGGGGAACUUGAAGAAGAUCUUUCUGAAUUGGAGCGGUACAUGAAGGUGACUUUCAGGGGAUAUAAGGACUUGGUAAAUGAUUUUUGCACUAGAAAAACUGCCAAAUUACCAAAAUAUGAUUAUAUUUCAGCAGUGUCUAUGGUGAAGAAAAUGAGAAGCUAUUUUAGUAUGGUAGAGUUUGUUUUUACCAUAAAAUACCAUAUUUUAUUGGCAAUUGAAAAUAAUCAUAAGGAGAACAUUUAUUCGCAGCAAUUUUCCAAAUAUUUGACCGAACUAUUCGAGUUAUCAUGUGAAGCGUUGUUGAUCACUAAAUUUUGGAGUUUCUAUGGUGACUCUUACAUCGACAACUUCCAUUCAUUUCAAUACUUGUUAUCAUCAAAUGUGAUGAUGUCGCUCAUGAAAUACAGUUCGUUCUUUUGUUCCUUCCUAAUGAGGUUGAUUUCUUUGAAAUAUGGAAUGUUAUUGCAUCAAAAUGAACCUGGUUCUCAGUAUGAUAGAAGCUCGAUAAUAUUUCACCUUAUUCUUUUGGAAUGGUUAUUUGAAAAAGGGGUUGAGUACUUGACUUAUAUUUGCCUCAUUAAUGAUAAUUAUUCGGAUUCUUUCCACUGUUCAUCCAAAGGCAGGAUUGUUUCGAGGUAUUGUUUGAAAUGUGUUACUGACGAAAAAAGUGAUAUUGACUAUAGUGCCCAUAAUUUGUUUAGAAAUGGUAUAUUGGAAGGAGAUAGAUCAACCGAUGGAAAAUUAUUUCCUGACACCAUUAAACACUAUGAUUUUUCACAGUUGAAACCUUUAUUUACAUUAUUUGAAAAGUUUGAGCAGACAAACGCUCACUUGGAUAAUAUAUCUUCUAGGGUUAUACCUCCGACAUUGAAAAGUAUCAGCACUAACUCCGAUUCUUCAAGGAUUAUUUGCAUUGAAGAUAUAGUGGCGCAGUUAUCUAAAGAGGACCUUGUUUCCAGUUAUCUCAAAGGUUCUGGACCACUAGCAGUUGAUGACGUUCAUCGGUUGUGGAAAUUUUUUUCCAAUAAAUAUGGUGCUGAUAAUAGUGAAAGAAAAUUGAAAGUUAGGGCAUAUAUCGAAAAAAACAAUAGUUCCAAUACUUUAGCUUUCAAGUUUCAUGAAAACAAAAAUAAGGAUACUAAAAACAACUCCGCUGAUGUUGUUCCAGCCAUGAAUAUACCGGUAAGUACUCACUCUGAGUCUGAAUUUGAAUACAAAGGUCAAAAUUUGGUAAAUGAUAGUGGUAAAAAUGUCGAUCAGCCAUAUUUUAGUAAUGGCCUGGUUGAUAUGGAUAGUUUGAUGACACAGGAGCAGUUUAAUUGGGAUGACAAUAUUUUGCUUGAUGAUUUGUUGCGAAUUGAUGAUGACGCUUUGGAUAUUUUUGGUAUUGAGGGAAUGAACUUUGAAAAUUUUCAUUGA